CUGAUUCGUCCUUCACGAUAAAAGUGGUACUUUUUAAAGAAGGAACAGUGUGCACGAGUGUGCAUGCCUAACAGGUACGAUUUUAGAGUUUGACUUAAAAUCCAGACGGAUAGACAUCCUCUAAAUGUACGGGAAAGCUCGCAGGUGAGUAUGGGAACAAUGCUGCUGCUUCUGCACGUGCAUGCGUCAAGUGCAAGCUUUACAAGUUUUAAGAAGCUUUAAAAAACACACUGCGUUUACACUACAGAGCCCUGUGCACUACAUAGUGUCCCUGAUCCUCUAUUCGAGGUAACCCGAGGUAACCUGGUUCACAGAACCAGAAAAUAUAGUGCACUACAUAAGAUGUAGGCAUUGUUUUAUACCCUAUGUAGUGCACGUGCAGCUGAAACCCAAACUGGACAAAAAGUACACCAUGAAGGUCUACAAGCGAUAAUGUAAUAUUCUUCCACUGCCACACUGCCAGUGCACUUAUAUGGGGUAUAGGGACCUGUUUGGGAUUUAUCCCCGUUCGUUUUAUACACACACACACACACACAGAUAACGAUUAAAUGAUUUCAUCUAUAAGACUGUUUCCCCGCAUACAUGAUCCACGUUGCAGUGUGUGUGUGUGUGUGUGUGAAUGCUCAGACACGCGCGGUGUGUUUCACACUUCGCGGUUACCCGCGUGGGAGUAGGAGUGGGAGGAUUGUCUCGAGGACUGACUGACUGGCUGCUGGCGCGAAGGAGUGAGAUAGGGAGAGUGUAGAGACCAGCAACGGAUCGGACAGUGUCGGUGUAUGCGCGCGCGUGUGUGUUUGCGCGAGACGUUAAUGCCUAAAGGACAAGCUCGCGGUGCUCUCACCGUUUCAUCGCAGCAGCAGUAGCAGCAGCUCCUGGGUCCACAUACCGAAAAUACUGAGCACAACUCGCGCGCCUGUGUGCGUCUGUAUGUGUGUGUGGAUAUAUGCCGUGUACAUAGAACUGUGACUGGACAGCGCGCGACCUUUAACGGAUCAUGGGGAGAAAUUGAGCGCUUGCCAAAGGUUUCCAUAGCGACGAACUCCCGCCCCAGGAACCAUGGUCUCUCCAGCGAUUUCCGGAACUACUGGAACUAUCACCUGUAUGUGUGUGUGAGUGAGUGUGAAAUGUACCUGAACAGCGGCAAGCCGGAAGGGUGACGCACCUGAGUGACACACACACACACACAUAUCUGCUGCUUAAAACCACCUGCCUUAUUGUGUCUUUAUACAAUGGCGUCUUCUGCUCAGCCUCAAACACACACACUCUUAAUUCACAUGGCUCACACACGCUGCAGCGUAUGGAAACCCAUGUUGUCGACCUCGUCACGUUCGUCCUCGCUGAGAGGCAGAAAGACAGGAGUAUAGCAGGAGUAUAACUUUUUUUUUUGCUUCGGUCAGUCCCCGUGUCUCGUUUUUCCUCCUGCCUCUCUCUAAUCCCCUGCACCAGAGAGGUGAAAACGGAGCAUUUUUUAUCAACUGUCUCACUUUAAGACAAAACAAAGGCCAGAUUUUUCCCCAUCUAUUUUGGUGCACAGUUUUUUCUCAGAAUGGACACCACUGUGAGUGUCCUUGCUGUUGUGGCUGGGAGAGUGCGAUCUUGUUAAAGAGGAAAUACAAAUAGAGAAAGAAGAACGUUUCAAAAUGGCUGCUGCACUCCUUCCCCUCUUCCUGGUUCUGAUGUCUGUCCCGCUCUUCCUGUCAUCCCUUCAGUCAAACGAACGUCGUGUGGUAGCCUACAUACCUGGCGACUUGAUCAUCGGUGCUCUGUUCUCCGUCCACCACCAGCCGGCGGCAGACCGUGCCCAUGAGCGCAAGUGCGGUGCCGUGCGUGAGCAGUAUGGCAUCCAGCGUGUCGAGGCCAUGAUGCUGACACUCGAUCGUAUAAACGCCGACCCGGACAUCCUGCCCAACGUUACGCUCGGCUGCGAGAUACGUGACUCCUGCUGGCACUCUGCUGUCGCGCUCGAGCAAAGCAUCGAGUUCAUACGUGACUCGCUCAUAGCCGCCGAGAGCCCCACGCCCGCGCCACUCGAUCCUAUUUCCGAAGACGCGCCAACUGGGGGCGGGGCUAAGUGUACCGAAGGCCUGCCUCCAAAGGGAAAGAAGCCAAUCGUGGGCUUGAUUGGACCUGGCUCAAGUUCGGUGGCCAUUCAGGUGCAGAACCUGCUGCAGCUGUUUAACAUCCCUCAGAUUGCUUACUCAGCCACCAGCAUGGACCUGAGUGACAAAUCGCUGUAUAAAUACUUCAUGAGGGUCGUACCAUCUGACGCGCAGCAGGCCAGAGCCAUGGUGGACAUCGUCAAGCGCUACAACUGGAGUUACGUCUCCACCAUUCAUACAGAGGGAAACUAUGGUGAAAGUGGAAUGGCAGCGUUUAAAGAGAUGGCUCUAAAGGAAGGGAUCUGCAUCGCACACUCUGAUAAGAUCUGGAGUAAUGCAGGCGAACAGAGCUUUGACCGUCUGCUUGCGAAGCUGCGCAGUCGUCUGCCCAAGGCGCGGGUGGUGGUGUGUUUCUGCGAGGGCAUGACCGUCCGCGGAAUCCUCAUGGCCAUGAGACGUCAGAACCUCGCUGGGGAGUUCAUGCUCGUUGGCAGUGACGGAUGGGCGGAUCGUUAUGACGUGACUGACGGCUACGUGCGCGAGGCAGCCGGUGGGAUCACAAUCAAACUGCGCUCCUCAGAUGUGAAGUGGUUUGAUGAUUACUAUUUAAAACUACGUCCUGACAACAACCUGCGCAAUCCGUGGUUCCCUGAGUUCUGGCAGCAUCGUUUCCACUGCAGACUAAAGGGUCAUCUUCAGGAGAACCCUAACUACAACCGGACCUGUAGCAAGCGGGAUUCUCUGCGGCAGCAGUACGCCCAGGACACUAAGAUGGGUUUUGUAAUAAAUGCGAUUUACAGCAUGGCAUACGGGCUUCAUAAGAUGCAGAGAGUUCUCUGUCCUGGGAUGGUGGGACUCUGUGAUGCCAUGCGGCCAGUCGACGGGUCCAAACUACUCGAGUUUCUCAUGAAGACCAACUUCACUGGCGUCAAUGGAGAGAACAUCUACUUCGAUGAGAAUGGAGAUUCACCGGGAAGCUAUGUGAUCAUGAACUUUAAAAAGAUGGGGAAAGACUACUAUGACUACACUAACGUGGGCAGCUGGGAUAACAGCGGCCUGCAGAUAGACGAUGACGAAAUCUGGCCGAACAAAGACAGUGUCGUUAAGUCUGUCUGCAGCGAGCCCUGUGAUAAAGGACAGAUCAAGGUGAUCCGAAAGGGCGAGGUGAGCUGCUGUUGGACCUGCACUCCCUGUAAAGAGAAUGAGUACGUGUUCGACGAGUACACGUGUCGAGCCUGCGAACUCGGAUCCUGGCCUACUGAUGACCUCACAGGUUGUGACCCAAUCCCUGUGGAGUAUCUGCACUGGGGUGACCCGGAGCCGAUUGCCGCGGUGGUUUUCUCCUGCCUUGGCCUCCUGGUGACGUUCUUUGUGGCAGCCGUGUUUGUGGUGUACCGCGACACACCCGUGGUGAAGUCGUCCAGCCGUGAGCUCUGCUACGUCAUCCUGUUCGGGAUCGGCCUGGGCUACAUCUGCACCUUUUGCCUGAUCUCGAAACCCUGCAUUGUUUCCUGCUUCCUGCAGCGCCUCGGAGUGGGCCUGGCACCCGCCCUGAGCUACUCGGCUUUGGUCACCAAAACCAACCGCAUCGCUCGCAUCCUGGCAGGCAGCAAGAAGAAGAUCUGCACCAAGAAACCACGCUUCGUGAGCUCAUGUGCCCAGCUAGCCAUUUCCUCCUUCCUGGUCAUGGUGCAGCUCGGGAUCAUCGUCACGCUGCUCGUCCUGGAGCCACCAGACGUUGUCUUCCACCAUCCGUCCAUCCGAGAGGUCAAGCUCAUCUGCAACACUAGCAACUUGGGUGUGGUUGCACCACUCGGCUACAAUGGCGUGCUCAUUCUCAGCUGCACCUUCUACGCCUUCAAGACGCGCAACGUGCCGGCGAACUUUAACGAAGCCAAACACGUGGCGUUCACCAUGUACACCACGUGCGUCAUCUGGCUGGCGUUCGUGCCCAUCUACUUCGGCUCGGAUUACAAGAUUGUGACAACAUGCUUCUCCGUGAGUCUGAGCGGCACCGUGGCACUCGGCUGCAUGUUUGCACCGAAAGUCUACGUCAUCUUGGCCAAGCCUGAGCGUAACGUUCGGAGCGCCUUUACCACAUCGACGGCAGUGCGCAUGCACGUGGGACGGGGCAAAAAGACGCCGCCGCCCACCAGCAGCCUCGCAAACCUGUGGAAGAGACGGCCCUCGUCUGGGGACACACUCAGCUCUAACGGUAAAUCAGUGACGUGGGCUCAAACGGAACGCAACUCCAAAGGUGGCCACUUGUGGCAGCGUCUCUCCUUCCACAUCAAAAAGCGUGAGAAUAACCAGACGGCCGUGAUCAAGCCUUUCUCCAAGGCGUCAGAGGACGUGACGCCUGAAAGUGCUACCGAUAAAAUGCUUUACGAAGUGGCGGAGAGCGAGGAGCGAUAUCCGAUUACGUAUCGGCCUCAGACUCCGUCACCAAUCAGCACGGUGAGUCAGAGGACGGGAGAAAUUCUAGGGCGGAGCCAAGGACCUGAUGAUGAACAGAUCAUUAGCGUUUCCUCGUACGUCAGCCAGUCGUCCCAGAGAGAAAGCGGAUCAUGUGCGGGAGGGGGGGUUGGAUCCGCUGGGGGCGUGGUUGUUAGUGGAGCUGCUGGAAUCGGGGGCGGAGUCUGUAGCUCCUCCCAGGGUUCUCUAAUGGAGCAAAUCAGCUGCGUUGUGAACCGUUUCACAGCAAAUAUCAGCGAACUAAACAGCAUGAUGCUUUCAAGUUCACCAUCGCGCCCUGCUAAAGUCCCGCCCCCUUACUUCCUGUCCCGAGAUAUGUCCAUGCCUGCAACCAUGACCACCUAUGCUGAAAUUCAACCCCUUCCACCUGUGGAAUCGAAUGGUGGUCGUCCAUCCACUUCCUGUCCCCUCGGAGGUCCUCCGGGCGUCAAAGAAAAUAUUUUGGAAACGACGGUCCACGAGUCCCAGGCUCCGAAAGGAGAGAUGGAGGACAUUCUGGCACUGACUCCUCCCUCGCCGUUUAGAGAUUCUGUGGCAUCAGGAAGCACCUCGAAUUCUCCUGCGUCUGGAUCAUCCCCUAAAUACGAGUGCUUGGUACUGCGGCACUACAGCCAGAGCUCCUCGUCCUUAUAAGGACCUUGGGUGCAAGAAAGUGGUCGAGAAUAUUAAUUCAAGAUAAAGAUAAUGGUUCUCUGGUGUGUGUGUUUACAUGUUGUCGCUGUGGAAUUUGGCAAACAGCCAGAGCUCGUUGUCCUUAAGAGGACUGUAGAGACAGAACAGAGGAUGAAAAUAAUAAUAAUAAUAAUAAUAAUAAUAAUAAUAAUAAUAAUAGCUUGAUGAAUAAGAGGAUCUCAGAGACGAUAUAAAGACCUUAGAGAUGAGAAAAGGAGGAAGAAGGAUGAGUGUAUUCAGAUGAGAACUGAUGAAAGACGAGGAUAAAGUGAAAAGUCAACGAUAACAGCAUCCCAGAGGACGUAACACAAACAAACACUCUAGGACCUUAGACUCAGGCAUGAGGGAUGGUGCGAUAUGGAAAUGAUGAAUUUUAGAGAAUAGAAGAGAUAUGAGGUAAUACAUACAGUCUGCAGUGUUUAUGUUGUGUAUAUGUUUGCGCCAUUCACUUGAGAACGAGAGACGGAUAUUACAAAAACGAAUGAUCUUAUAGUGGAAAAAAACAAGGGAACAAGGCUGCCAUUGUACAGAUAAAAAGACGGGUAGAGAGUGAAACCCGCUGAAGGAAAUGUAGAGUGUGUGUGCAAGGAGCUGGAACUGAUGGAGGGAUAAAAGUAAUAAAAUGAGGGUAGAGGGAAUACAGGGUGAAAGGAAGGAAGAGGGGAAAAAAGGAAGGAGUUGAGUAAAGGAAGGCAGCGUGGAAUAAAGAAAGACAAGAAGAAAGAAAGAAAGAAAGAAAGAAAGAAAGAAAGAAAGAAAGAAAGAAAAUACAGAGAAAAUACAAAGAAAAUACAGAGAACUGGAAAUACCAAGAACAUGGAAAAUACAGGAUGAAAGGAAAAGGAAAAAAGAAAAGUAAAGAGAGUGUGAAAGAAAAAAAUGACAGAAACAACAGGAAAGAUUCAAAAAGAAAGAAAAAUGAAGAAAAAAUGUUUCAUGUUGCAACGAAACAAAAAAGUAAAAGAAAGAAAGAAAGAA